AUGAGGCUUAUUUUCACAUAUAAAAUUUGUCUAUCCAUGACUUUUUGUACUCUUAUCAUUUCUAUUGUUACUUACUGCUGUAAUCUCAUUGAUGUUUUUAUGUGUUUCAUACUACUUGUGCUGGUUUUAAAUUUUUUUUGGGAUUACAACACAGCCAGUGUUUACUGUGCUACCUGGGAUGCUAGCCAGCCAUUGUCAUGGCGUAGCCAAUACGGUUGGACUGCCUUUUGUGGACCCGCCGGACCUACAGGCAGAGACUCUUGCGGCAAAUGCUUAAGUGUGACAAAUACAGCAACUGGUGCUCAGGUAACAAUGAGAAUAGUGGAUCAGUGCUCUAAUGGUGGACUGGAUUUGGAUGUGAAUGUCUUCAACCAACUGGAUACAAAUGGAGCAGGCUACCAGGCGGGUCACCUUACAGUUAACUACGUCUUUGUUAAUUGCUAA